CUACACCGAACAUGAGUGCUUCCAGAUGUAAUUCCUCACGUGAAUACCGAACCUAUCUUUACAUUGGAUGGUUUUAGUACAUCUUGAAAUAACAGUAAAAAUGUGAAAGACUUUAAAUGUAGAGUUCGUCUUCCACCCGGUUGAGGAAUAUUACUUUGGCACGUUGCCUAAGAUUCGUAUUUGUUAAUUGUGGAGGACUGAAAAUCUUACGAAGGAUAUAUUCUCCUCUAAGUUUGCCUGCGAUCGUAAACGUGUUACUGGAUGGGAGGAUGGCAGAAGUUGAAUUUGGUGAAGAGUGGAUGCCGCCUCCAGAUGUGAUCGUGGACCUCUACGAGAAGUUGGCCACGGGAGAGAUCCUGAAACUGAAGUGGCAGUGCAUUGGUCGCCGGGCACCUGCCGACAAAUUGUCUCAGCUGGAAAACAAGAAUCUUCAAUCGUCGGACGACGGGAUCUUCUUCGACUUCGACGAGACCCCCGAGACCCCCCUGCAGCCGGUGCGAACGCCCGGUUCCGCCCAGCCGCGGGGGAGCGCCCGCAAGAAGACGACCGAUCUCAGCAGCAUCAUCUCCAACAUGCAGCGCCAUCAGCUGAUGGACAUGAAGGACUCCCCGAUCUCCGUCCGAACGUCCGCUCCGAAGAAGGAGGAGCCGGGGACGCCGUCGGGGGAGGGCCAACUGGAUUCCAGCAAGUGAAGCUCUAUCCCGGAAAUCCUGCCAUUUGGAUAUGUUCCUGACCUGAUGUACCUGCAUCUCAUCAGUGAAUAAGACUAUCUGGAAGCAAGACCCAAGAAACACAGGAACCAUUGUAUUGGAGCGAUGCAGCACCUUGAAAUGACCACCCUUCCAGUGACCAGUCAGUUCUUGUUGCAACUUAAAGUGUUUAUCGA